AGGACAGCGCCACCUGUGCCAUGGAUUUCCCAGGCCACUUUGAGCAAAUCUUCCAACAGCUAAACUAUCAGCGUGUCCACGGGCAGUUGUGUGACUGUGUGAUUGUGGUGGGUAGUCGGCACUUUAAGGCCCAUCGCUCAGUAUUGGCGGCCUGCAGCACCCACUUCAGAGCUCUGUUCACUGUUGCAGAGGGAGAUGCUAGCAUGAACAUGAUCCAGCUGGACAGUGAGGUAGUCACAGCUGAAGCGUUUGCUGCCCUGGUGGACAUGAUGUAUACCUCAACGCUGAUGCUGGGGGAGAGCAAUGUUAUGGAUAUCCUGCUUGCAGCCUCACAUCUGCAUCUCAACAAUGUGGUUAAGGCCUGCAAACACUACCUAACCACACGUACACUGCCUGUGUCCCCCUCGUCUGACAGACCCACUCACCUCCACCCUCAGCAGGACCAGUCGAGGCACAGGCAGCAGCAAGUGGCAGGGAAUCAGUCUCUAGCAGCAAAUGCUAACCUAGCAGCUAGCGCUGCCCCGUCUAAGCUACAGCGGUCCUUCCUCCUGCAACAGUUGGGGCUUAGCUUAGUGAGCUCUGCAUUAGGUGGAAUGGAGGAAGAAGGUGUGGCCAACAUAGCUAGCAGUAGAGGUGUUGAACAGAGAGCCUCCUUCCCCAUCCGGCGCUUCCACAAGCGCAAGGCCUCCCUCGCUCUGGGCUUGUCAGAGGAGAGACCCAGACAGAGACAGCGCCCCUCUGCUCCUUCCUUGGGUUUAUUGGGAGAAGGGGUGAACAGAGAUCAAGAGGAAGGAGCGCUACUGUCCCCAGACUCCCACAAGCUGGGGGAUGAAUCCAAAUUGGAUGCUACCCUUGUAGCAUUAUCCCAGGAUGAUCCUCAAAUGCCUAGUCAGUCUGACAGUGGACACUGUGAGGAGAGGCUGCAGGGAGGGGUGGGAAAGGAAGAGGACAUGGAAGAUGGGGAACACCAGAACAACAGAGCAGGAGUGAAGAUAAAGUCAGGAAGAGAGGAGGAGGAGGAGAUAGAAGAACAGGAACAGAAGGUGGUGGUUAAACGGGAGCCACUGAGCUCACCAGAGCCCAUUGAUGAAAUCAGUGACGUGACCUCCCAGGCUGAAGCCAGUGACCCAGCUGAGCCUGGAGGUCAAGAAGAGGAGGAGAAAGUGGAGCUGAGCCCAGAGAGCAGUGACCGCAGCUUCAUCUCUGAGCCCCAGCCCAGUUCGGAAGCUCUGCUCCAGUCUGGCUCCCAGCAGCUCCUCAGCAGCAGCAGCAUGGGGGCGGGAGCUGGAGCCGGAGGAGGUUUUGGGUGUAAUAACACCCUGAAUGGCAAACCCAGCUUUAAUAUUUCAAGCUUUCUCAGCCCAAAUGAGUUUGGAAGCGGUGGUGCUGGGAUGGUUCCGGGAGAAGAUGAACUUCCCAACACAACAACUGGUGAUACCGUCCCACAUCACUUCUUACUGAGACAGCAAGGUGCUGGACCAUCUGGCUCCACCCCCUCUUCACUUCUGCAGUCUGGACCACUGAAUGGGGAGGGUCGAAGUGGUUUUGAAGAGAACCUGCAGGGAGAUUCUCUCUUUCUGCGGCCCUUGCAUGAUGGGCUAGGGAGCCCCAGAGGAACUGGGGGAAGUGGUAAUGGGGGACGUGGAGGAGUAGAUCCCUUUGGUCUGGACUUUCAGCGCUCAGGUCUGGGGCUCCACGGCAUGGGACGAGCUUCACGAGGGCUAGAAGGAACUGCCGCUGCUGGUUUGAGCUAUCCAGGCUACCGACGUAUUGUUCCAAAAAUGGGCUCUGGUAUGGGAAUGGAGGGAGGACUUAGCGGUGUUCUCCAGAAUGUUGCCUCCUCAUCCUCUUCGACCUUGGCGAGUCCGCUUCUUCGCAACGAACCUGCUGGUUAUGAGAUGAACAGUGGCAGGCCCACCUCCCUCCCCCCUCAACUGACCCGAGCUUCGGCAGAUGUGCUGUCUAAGUGCAAGAAAGCUCUGUCCGAGCACAACGUUCUGGUGGUUGAAGGAGCUCGAAAAUACGCCUGCAAGAUAUGCUGCAAAACCUUUCUUACCCUCACUGACUGCAAGAAACACAUCCGUGUCCACACAGGAGAGAAACCUUACGCCUGUCUCAAGUGUGGGAAGCGGUUCAGCCAGUCCUCUCACUUGUACAAACAUUCCAAGACAACCUGCCUUCGCUGGCAGAACAGUAACAUGUCCACUGCUCUGCUGUGAGACAGGAAUAACCAUGUAUAUCACAGAGGAGAAGCAACAGGAUAAUUGUGCCAAGAGUCCAAUCAGCUGAACAUCUGCACAUUGUUUAAAGAUCCACAGUUGUUUCAGUUUUUCUGAAGCUAUGACAGAGCAGUCAGAUCUGUUUCAGAGUUUGGUCUGAACUAACAAGCCCUACUUACAGACCAAAGAUGGCUCCGCUGUAAGUAACCAGCUUUUCAUUUCGAGGGUAGAAACUGUCAUAGCGGCUAACAGUUUUAAUUGUCAAGUAAUCUGCAGAUUAUUGCACAGCAAAGUGAUUAUACAAAAAAAUAAAGUGUUUUCCAGAACUAUGUCUGAAAGUAUCUCAUCAACCAAACCAUA